ACGCCCUAAGGCCUGAAUGCUUAGGAGUGAAGUGCCGUGGGAAAAAGAAAUAAUGAUAUUUAUUAGGGAUUAUAACUGUAAUAAUGUGUGCAUAAAAUAAUUCUGGAGGGUGAGAAGAAGUGGACUUAAGCACGGGGGUGCACUUCUAGUGAGCCGUGGUUGUCACUUCUGUUGAUAUCUUUUGUUGUGUUUUUAUACUAACAGUUGGUACAAGCAUAUGGAACGUUUUGAUCUCAUUGACAAUAUGUAUCUAGGAAAAAUCGUGGAAAUGUCUUUUCCAUUGAAAUCGGGUAUUUUCGAUUUAAGUUCGCCUAUAAAAAGGCAGGUAUGCUGGUCAACAAAGAGAUUUUAGUUCAAACAAUUUCCCGUAGGACUUCGCCCUACGUUAUCGAAUUUUCUUGGUAUAGAUUUCCCUUUCUUCUUGAAUACAUAAAAAUUGGGCAUAAUUGUUGUGCGGUGGAUUAUUGGCUAAAGACUAGCAGCGCGUAGUCUUCGGCUUAAACCCUUGUAAAGAAGAAAGGUGAAAAAUGGAGGGGCAACUGGUAGCUUGCCCCGUAUGCACCCUGUACCUGAGGGAAGGGAUGUCGAUGCAUGCCCAUUUGAACACUCAUCCCAAGGAUCAAGUGAUAGAAGCGCUUGUGAGGCUUUAUACCCAAGAACAGCCGUUGAACCUACAGCAAUUGGCUUCGAACGUCUCAUCGACACCCCUCAUCAACCCGUUUCAAGUCGUAUCCGAAGAACACAUCUUGUUAGGAAGGCAGCAAGUCACAAACAUAAUCCACGCGCCGUUGAUGUCUUACCCUAUAUAUUCCCAACCUCAAGUCCUAGGUUCGAAUCACAAUGAAUUCAUAAGUCAGACGGAAAUUGGGAGGACGGAAAUAAUCGGGGUCAAUACUCAGACGACUGAACCUGUCGUUACAGCACUUAUAAACGUCGACGAUAGAGAUUAUCCAGCAGGUCAACAUAGCCAGAAUGAUGUAGACAAAGUUGAACUGAAUGAAGACGAUCAUGACAAAUCUUUCAUUGAGAUUCAAAACCAAGCUCCUUCGCCAGCUAGUGUUCAUUCACUUUUAUCCGUUCGGACUGACUUGACAAACCCUGAUCAACCAGACCCGGAGCAAUGCCCUGAAUACAUUACAUCAGAUGGGGAUUUUCAAGAUGAGGACGCAAGACAUAGUGAAGAUCUCAUGAGUAACAAUGAAUAUGUUGGCGGUGAAAAAUCGAAGAAAGGCGAACAUAAACAAAUACUCGAAGUCGAAUUAGAUAGGAGCAGUUCAGGACUUAACAUACAAGCCGAAGAAUGUAUGCCACCGAGAGGAGAACUUUCUGGACAUGGGAGCCUGGGAGAUACCGGACCAGAAAACAUUUGGAUAAGAGAUGAAUUACAGAGCCAAUUCAUAGGUGUUCCAGGACCUUUGUGGGAUGAAUCCAAGGAUACGAAGAAGAAAUACAUGUGCUUGUACUGCGAACAGGAAUUUAAUUGUCCAAAAGAAAGACGUGUUCAUGUAGCAACCUUGCAUUGCAAUCAGGACUCAAAGCAAGGGAUUAAGAAAACUAUUAUGUGCACAAAAUGUGGACUGCAUUUAAGUACUCAAAAGGAAUUGAAAGUGCACACUAGAACGGAGCAUAAAAAAAUUUCCAGGCAAUGUGGUGUUUGUAUGCAAGUUUUUCCAACUCAGGAGCUCUUCGUUGAACAUAUAAUAAAAAUACAUCCAUUGGAAUGUAGGACUUGUGGAAAGACCUUUCACAGUAAGUCGAGCCUGCACACUCAUGCAAAAAUUCAUCUGGAUCUAAAGCCUCACGCUUGUUCGCUGUGUCCUAAAUCGUUCAUUUCAAAUCAGAAAUUGAAGGAGCACAUGAAUGGACAUACCGGUUACGCUCCGAUACAAUGUAAUCUUUGUGAUAGAAGAUUCAAAAGAUAUUCCAAUCUCAAACAGCACAAGGACAGCGCUCAUUUUCAGAUUAAAAAGAAAGUAAAAGAAUACUUUUGCGAAUGCGGUGAAACUUUUAUUUCAAAAAAGAAAUUGGAUUGGCACAGGGAGACUCACGAAGAAAAACCGAAACAGUGUAUGUACUGCAGUGAGAGAUAUAUUCAUAAUGCGAGUUUAACUCGUCAUAUAAGAAAAGCUCACAAUAGGGAGUAUUUACCUGAAGGUGAAGAUAUUAAAAAGAAAAACGUUAGUUGUCCCAUAUGCAGUCAGAUUUUUAUAGAAUCUUCUCUCCGGGCUCAUAUGAAACAACAUGGUAAUGUAAAACAAUUCGGUUGCAUAGUUUGUGGGAAAAAAUUUUUGACAAAAUGGAAUUUACAUUUACAUAAAUGGACACACGCUUCAAGGAUAUCAAAACCUUUCAAGUGUACGAUGUGUAAAGGUGCUUUCAUAAGACAAAGUGACUUUCAAGCUCAUAUAAGAGCACAUUACGGCAAUAAGCCUUUCACUUGUAAUCAUUGCGGAAUGCAGUUUAAUAGAAAACAUAAUUGGCUCCGACAUGAAAAAGAGCACAGUUCAGAAAAAAGAUAUACUUGUGAUGAAUGUGGUAAAACAUUUCAUCGGAAUUAUUACCUAGUCGAUCAUUUGCGAAUUCAUACAGGAAUAAAACCAUUUUCAUGUCAUAUAUGUAAUAAAACAUCAUCAACCAAAUCCAACCAUAACAAGCAUAUUAAAACCCAUCAUGCAAGAGAAGCAAUAAACACAGAAUCUUAAAGGGGCCACGCUAAUAAAAUACUGUACCGAUUUUUAAAUUUUAAUUUAAUCUAUAUGGAUUUUAAAAAUAAAAUGAAAGUGUGAUAAGAUAGUUAUUUUUUAUUCAGUGUUGUGUUCAAGUUCAGUCAGUUAAUCGCUAUUGCCCCCUCUUCUGGGGUUUCAUAUCAUUUAAUUCUUCGAACUAAUAAUCUUGAUUGUUUUAAUUUAUCUCUGAUUUGAACUUAUUUUCAGUACACUCUGUUCCUAUUUAAUAUAUAAUGUUUAUGUCCAGACUGAAAUGAAAUGUGAAAUAUUAUUUAUUAUGUCUUAAAGGCUCUCCCUGACUUUCUGUAUACAUUUGUGCAGUUUCAGCUGUGAGAGGUCCUCUGUGGACCCUUGCUGUGCUCUGAACUAUCAGGAAAAUGGUGUUGGUUGUCUGGAUCCCUGGACACAUAACGGCUGGAGAGUAAUAAGUAAUGAGCGUUUAGGUUUUUAGUGUGAAUGGACCACACAGUUCCUGAAUUAGAUUAGUUGUAUGUAAAGGGUGACGGAAGAGUACUGAGUACAACAUCAUACUUGAGGACUGCCAUAAAUAAGAGUGUGAUUUAUUCAAUUGUGGAUGAGAGAGUGAGAUUUAAAAACUGCUUGGGUUUGGGGCUAAAAUGACCUAGCUGUUGACAGCCCCUGGAGUCUAAGUUCAGAAAUGACCGAGGUGGACCCCGUACUGCCAUAAUCUGAGGAACUGGAGUAGACCCCCGAGUGCUGCAGCUAAACAGCUUAUUGUACUCCUUCCUGGCUCCAUUUUGGGAGUAUGGACCCGUAUGCGAAUGUAGCUGAGAUUUGACCCCGCCCCAGACCUUCCAUUGAUGAGCGUCAACUUCAUCGCAGCCUCUCCUCCCCAAAUAUGCCA